GUAAAAUCAUUCUCUUCGUGUAAAAAUCCAACGGGGAAGCUAACGUACCCUCGUCGCCGAUUUACUUGAAAAUAUACGAACCGCAGCCGGUUCGUCGCGUCGUGCGUUUCGGGAGUGCCGUUCAAGUUAUCGGACUCAAGUCAUAGUCCGCGCGCGAUUAUAGUGUAUUAUCGCGAGUGUUGUACGCGAGUGUCCUGUGCGAGAGGAUGACAACCAUGUCCUGUGAGGAGGAAGAGGUCUGGGAGAGACAUCGGGCACCGGUGGAGCAAUCUUGCGACUAUCUUCCCUCUCAUGGAUACAUCUUGCCGGUUCGUCGCGUCGCGCGUUUCGGGAGUACCGUUCAAGUUAUCGGACUCAAGUCAUAGUCCGCGCGCGAUUAUAGUAUAUUAUCGCGAGUGUGUACGCGAGUGUCCUGUGCGAGAGGAUGACAAUCAUGUGCUGAGAGGAGGAGGAGGUCUGGGAGAGACAUCGGGCACCAUUGGAGCAACCUUGCGACGUAUCAUCGUAGUGACAGAUAUAACUCCACUGUUGCGCAUCAGGUCGCUCAUAAAAAUUUAUUGCAUCAUACGAAGUUACAAGUAUUACAUAAGCGUGGACACAGUGAGUGACAAUACAUCAAUCAACAAUAAGAUAGAUGACUUUUGCGAAAAUCCCAUAGAAGAUGUAUUAACGCAAAAAUUUAUGAAUUUCAUGAAUCUCCUGAAACAUACGGAGAACUUACUAUCUCUUCUGAAUAAACGCAUUCGCACUACAAGGACACGCGUCCAAGUUGAACUAAAGGAACAAAUUGAAUCCUUAUCAGAGGAAAAAGUCAACGAAGUAUUACAAUCACUGGACAUAGACUCUUGUGUAAGAAAACUAGUUGAAGCUGAACAUAAUAUCGCUAUGUCUAGCCACAUUUUGCAAAAUACUGAAAAGUGCUUGAAUAAGAUAUACCAAGAUGUCCUUUCUAUGACCAAACAAAAAUACUUCUACAUACUAAUUUUGUAUAUAACAGCACAAGUAUUGAAACGGAUAAAGAAGAAAGCUAAAGUAAAACUUGAUAAGCACAGCACUAAUUUUUUAUAUUAA